GAAAUAGCAAAAAAGAAAAAGAAAAUUUUCAGAAUGGAAGCAGAGUCUGAAGUAGACACGAAUGAAAGUGAGGAGACUAAAGUUCCCAUUAUGAAGCGAAUUGUAGAAUCUGCGAUUUUAGAUGAGAAACGGCAAUCAUUUAUACAAGAAUUUCUUAAAAGAAAGGAUGAGAUGCCAAAAUUGGUUACUGAAGUGUACGAUGAAGAUAAAAUUGGUAUUGAAAAGCAAUUGGAAGAUAGUGAUAAAGUGAUUUCCGAGCUAGUUCAAAAUGGAACUGAUGCGAUUACAAAUAUUCGUCUAGCAAAUGAUCGCCGUGAAGUUCAAAGAAGAAUGCGUGAAGCUGAACUUAGAUACAUAUUGCUCAAUGAUCUUCAGCGAGAGUCACAAUCAUCCUCAGCAAAAUUCGAAGAAAUAUCGCAUAAAUGGCCUACAGUUGGUGACGAUGUUGAUCCAAUGUCUAUUCAUGAAGGUCUCCAAAGACAAAAAGACAGGAUUAAUGAGCUCAUUGGUCGUAAAAUGACAAUUAUUGAUGAAUGUCGUGACGAAUUGAAUUCAGCUGAUACAAGGUAUUUACAAGAUCUGGAUAAAUAUAAUAAUGAUAUUAGCUGCAUGGUCGAACGAAUUGACAAACAGAUGGAAGUGAUGAAACGAACAUAUCGUGAGCAUUUGGAUAUACUGGAGAAGACAAUUGAGAAUGAACGUAAAAUCUUUCAAAUUAUCACUACCAAAAAAUGGGAAACGAUGUAUGAUAAGCGCGAAGCAAAUGAAGAAAUGAGAAUGAAACGUGAAGCAGAAAAGUCAGAGUAUUAUCUGCAAGAAAUUCAGCGUAUUCAGUUAGAACACGAGGAGCUAAUUCGAGCUACAAAAAUUAAACUUGAAAAUGAUAACCAAACAUUGGAAAUAGAAGUGCAGAAACUCAAACGCAAUAUUAUGUUGAAUUCUGAGAAGCUCGACUAUAAUUUUCAAGUUCUAAAGAAACGUGAGGAUGAAAAUGUUAUGGUAAGAAAUCAACAAAAACGUCGUCUUUCAAAGCUCGCCGAUACAAUUGUUUCAUUAAAACGGAAAUUAAAAGAAGCAAAAUCAACUUGUAUAAUUGAGACUAAAAAGUUUACAGCUGACAUAAUGAAAUUACAUGCCAAGAUUCUUGAUUUGGAGAGAAAAAGUGAUCUUUUUGCAGAACAAAAUAAUAAAAAAUUUAUGACAGUUUGGGAUAUGAAUUUUAAGGAAUGCGAAGAUGCAUUAAAUCAGGUAUUAAAAAUUGAUAGAAUGUUAUGGGAGCAGCAAUUAGGUAUUGAAUGGGAGGAUCCAAAUAUCAAUAUUGUCAGAAAAGAAGAUUUAAGUUCUUACAAGGCUGCAAUCGAGACUCUUGAAGGAAGUUCAUGUGAAGAUAUUGAUGAAUCACAGACACUUGUACCCAUAAAUUUUGAAAAAAUCCAAAGAACUCGUGAUCAAGAGCUAAUGGAGCAAAAGCUUUUACGAAUUAUUUUUCGAGCAAUUGCUGAUAAUUCCGGUUUUUUGAUCGAAAGUAAAUUGAAGCAUCUUUUAAUGCCUUAUUCAAGAACUGAACAAACAUUGGUUAAUCUUGAUGCUGUCUUCAAUGCUUUGGGAAUAUACAAGUCUGAAGAAAUUGAUUUCAUUAAAAGUUACUUUAUUCCAUUUACAAAAUGCAAUAAAUGUGCAACAACUCCAUUCAGCGAAGGAUAUCCUGAGAAAUUAGCAUUAGAUUGUCUCGGAGAUGAUCACGAGUUGGAGAUAACGACAUUUGAUGUUUAUAAAGCAUUAGUUAAAUUUACAAAAGAUCACGAGACAUCGCUUGACAAAUUAAUGCCCAAGGAAAAUAUUUCAUCGAGAAUGAGUAAAACUAAAUCUACAAUAACUCGCUUGAUUGAUGAUAAAGAUGUCGAGGCAAGUUUUGAAUCCUUCGUAUUUCCACCAGAACGUGAAAAAUUGUGGGGUGUUCUUGAAGAUGGCCUUCAACGCUAUCUGAAAGUACUUAGAGAACGCGAGACUCUCGAAAACGAGUGCGAAUUUCUUCGUAAACAAAAUUUGGAACUAAAUCAUCUGUUACAAAAAUUCGUUCCUGACUCAUUCAACUGAAACAUAUUCGCAUUAUCACAUUUAUGUAUAUAAAUAAAGAGCUACUCCAACGGCAAUGUCUGAUUGUGUUGGUUUUUGCUUCAUAAAUCUUUUUAUACUGCUUGUGUAGGACAUCAAAUAUUUUGAUAUGAUUUGUGUCACAUUUCUAUUUGCUAUCAUUUCAGUUUUCAAAAUAUUAUGUAUAUAUACUCUCUCACAUCAUUACAUGCUAAUAAAUACAAUGUAGAUUUUAGGAACGUUAGGUCAAU